AUGUCAGGCGGCCCGUUAAGCAGGGCGGAGGGGCCACAGGUACCGAGCCGUACAGGCCCAGGCCCUCACCCGCCCACCAAGAAAUCCAUAUCCUUCAAGUACGAACCCCAGUUCGAACCUGAGACGGCUAGCCUCCGAGGCUCGGCCCCGCACCCCGAGGAACAAGACCCGAACCGGGGUGACGAAACCCCGCGAGGGGAGGCGGGCCCCCCGUCGUCGACUUUCGACCAUGGCCAGAGCAGGGCAGAGAACCUUGUGGAGCCGGGGCCGCGGCCGCGGCCGGGGCCGGAACUGAGGGACUCGCAGCGGCAGUUGAACGAGUAUCGCGAGAACUUGGCACGCCAGAUGGAUCGGAGGGAAUUGCCGCUAAGAGGAGGACAACCGCCCAUGGCCGGGCCCCACAAAAUCUCCCCGAUACAAGAAGAGAACUCCCCGUCAUCCUUACCCCGGUCGUCCGGAUCCGGGUCGGGAUCCGGGUCCGGGUCCGAGCCACCGGCCACCUCGACCUCCGCGACUUCGACAGGGUCUAAUCAUACGAUCCGAGGACGGCAAGCCCCGCCUACGCCUGACAACCGUGAAUUCCCGAGUCCGAACCUUUACGAGUUGGCCCUGAUGCUCUCGGCCGAGCCGGGGUUGGAUGCCUGGUGGCACACCGUGGUGCAAAUAAUGGUUGACGUGUACAAGGCGGAAAGGGUGACCCUGGCCAUCCCGGCCGACCCGACGGACAUUGAGAACGUGCCAUGGGGCCAAAAGGCGACGUACAAUGCCCAUCGCGAGGAUGAACUGAGUGUGGGAUACCUCGCCAGGGGCUCGAGUUUCAUUCCGAGCAGCACGGGUGAAUCUUCGGAACGCUUUCUCCAGACCGGGAUGCCUUCUGCGAAACAGACACCGACCCGUCCCACCCUACAGAGUCGGCAUUCGUUCACAUCGUAUGAACAAACCCGACCGGCCGCAGCAGACGACCGGCCGCCUUCCGAUCAGCGUCGCCCCCAGCUUCUCUCGAGGAGCAAAUCUCACCACCAGCCCGCCAGUCGCGCCCAUGAUGCCAUCGAUGACGGCGAAAACUUGACCAGCCUCAACAGAGAGGCCCUAAAGCAGCACGACGCCCUCGAAGAGGAGAAACAGCAAAUUCCAAGCUGGGAAGUGCCCUUAACAGCCGAAAGGGAAGGGCAUGGGAAGCUGCUCGAUGUGCUACAGGCUCUCGACUACGAAGCUGAUCCCCUGAUUGACCACAACGGCGUCGUCCGUAUUCUGGAGCGUGGCCGCGUGGUUGCCCUCACCAGGUCUUACCCUUACCUCAACAACCAGGAAGCGGCCGGUAAGAAGCCUGUUGACCCUCGCGCCGCAGUGGGAGCCAAAUCGCCCGAGGGGCCCCGUCGGAAGAUCAGGGAACCACGGUCAGAUUCUAUGUCAAAGCUCUCGUCCAUUCUUGAUACGAGGAGUACGAACAAACACCGCCGUCUCCUUGGUCGCAGUCUCCGGCACCGUCUCCCGCCGUCAGGGCCGAUCCCACCGAGAAUCCCUUCUUCGCCGAAGGCCAUGGUCGACGAAGAAUCGUUCAACCCGUCCUCCGCCCCAGCUGAUUAUUCAGCCAUGGUCCCUCCAGAAGCUAUCGGUGUCGACAACUCCUGGACGGUGCUGCACAUUCCCCUUACGCACGUGCUGUUAUCGAGGCCCAACACAUCCUUCAAGCUCGAUCCUUCGCUUAUGGAGCAAAAGAUCUCGCGGAAAAACGGAGAUGGCUCAGCAACUGCGAACCUGUCCCCCGAACGCCCCGUCAAGGAGAAGCACGCGCCCAUUGCGAUCCUGUCGAUCCUGAGCCCCAUCAUCCCCUAUCCUUCUAACCUACGCCACUCCUUGGAACACCUUGCUCCACAUCUUGCCACCUCCUUUUCCCUUGCCCGCCAUUACAGCCACAUGGAGACCGAGCUAAACGGGCUGCAGAAACGCAGACCACACACAACGGGCUUUGGGGCUUUGGGUCCCGACGGGCGCCCGCUGGCCGGCUCCGCCGCGCUAAAUUCGUUUGCCUGCUUGCCCACCGCCGAGGGUGCCGGCUCGCGAGGCUCCAUCGCCGGCAGUAUGACGAGCCCCAGCGAGUAUUCCGGCCCGGCACGUAGCGGCGCCGGCUCUCCCGGUGGGACACCAACCUGGGAUCUGCCCUCGCUCAGUCUCGUCAUGGACAACAAGUGGGGAACUACUGCGAGUCCUGCCCCUGUCACCGCCGACAGCUACUUCAGCUCCAUGGUUAAGAACCCGCCGAACGCUGGGCAGCGGCCGAGAAGGAACUCGCGAGAAACACCUCUCUCGGAGAAACGGUCGUCUCUGCGCCUGUCGACGGGCAAGGUGCAGAUGCACGAUCCGGCUACGGUCAGCCUAGCCAUGACCGAGCCCCGAAGGAGCUCCGAAUCAUUACGGCCCGAGCCAGAGGAGCUCCCAUCCGCCAGCAUUCAGCUGAGACGGUCAGCGCAGGGCGAGAAGAAGGAACAGGCUUUUCCUGGCGAGACGAGUAGUGCAACGGGAUCUCCGGUCGAUAGUCAUCACAAGAUGGUUGCAACACCGAGCUCGACGCCCCACCGUCACACCCAACUGCACUCCUACGGCGCCGACUUUGCGUCAACGUUCCAAUCUCUCCCACCGAGUUCAUCGAUCGGCCGAGGAAUCCCCCACCCUGCGGCGCCGAGUAGAUCCGGGUCGAUGAUGCAAACCGACAUGACACCUCCGUCGGAUAAACUGAAGGGCCUCAUUCUGGACUCUUUGCCCGCCCACGUCUUUGUGGCCUUGCCGCAGACGGGCGAAAUCGUGUGGGUAAACAGCCGUUUCCUCACCUAUCGCGGGCAGACCUCGGGUGACCUGGCUGCCGACCCCUGGGCUAGCAUACAUCCCGACGAGCGGGAAGAAUACCUCCGCGAGUGGAGUCAUUGUGUCCGGACCGGCGAGCAGUUCGCCAAGACGGUACAGAUCAGGCGGUUUGACGGCCAGUAUCGGUGGUUCUAUGCCCGAGCCGUCGCAUCCAAGGACAAGCGAGGCGUCAUCAUGCAAUUUUUGGGGUCCUACAUGGACAUCCACGACCAGCACAUCGCAGAAGUCAAGGCGGCGAGACAGGAAGAGAUAUUGGCCUCCGAGGCAAAGCACCGCCUGCUGGCCAACUUGAUACCGCAGAUGAUCUUCACGGCCACCGAAGACGAGGGCAUCACGUUUGCAAACGAGCAGUGGCUGUCUUACACCGGCCAGGCGCCCUCCGAGGGGGUUCUCGGCCUUGGAUUCAUGGACUAUGUGCACCCAGACGACCUCGCCAAAUGCCGGAUUCCUCCGGGCGGACAAUCGGUUCCCCAGCAGGACGCCAGGGCAGGGCUCAAGAACCACGGCCGCUCCUUCUCGGCUGACUACACCGCUACCCGCCAGGCCGGGAAGCAUUUGUCCGUUCCCGAUGGCGGCAUCAGGGGCUUUGAUCACCCACUGUUGCGAAACAACAGCUCCAGCAGCAGUGGUAGCGGUAGCAACGACGGCUCUCCCUAUGACCUUCCGACCGCAAAUCUCACCGAACUCGCCAAGAAGGGGGUCAUCAAGGUGUCGACCGACAGUAGCGGCCGGCUGUCGUACACGACUGAGAUCCGGCUGCGCUCCAAAAGCGCCACCGACAUCAACGACCUCAAACUCCUCGAGACCAAGCUGAAGGAGGCCAUGGACUCUAAGGGCCGCUUCCUCAGCAACAUGUCGCACGAGAUCCGGACGCCGCUCAUCGGCAUCUCGGGCAUGGUCACCUUCCUACAGGACACGACGCUGAACGAAGAGCAGCGAGACUAUACCAACACCAUUCAGACCAGCGCCAACAGCCUACUCAUGAUUAUCAACGACAUCCUCGACCUCUCCAAGGUAGACGCCGGCAUGAUGAAGCUGAACUACGAGUGGUUCCAUACCCGCUCGCUCAUCGAAGACGUGAACGAGCUUGUGUCGACCAUGGCCAUUGCGAAGCGCCUAGAACUCAACUACGUGGUCGAGGAAGACGUGCCGGCCUGGGUCAAGGGAGACAAGGUGCGCAUCCGCCAAGUGCUGCUCAACGUUAUUGGCAAUGCCAUCAAGUUUACCAGCCGGGGCGAGGUGUUCAGCAAGUGCAGGGUCUUCAACCCCGAGGGGGCGCCGCCGCAAACGGACGAGAUUAUGCUCGAGUUCUCCAUCAUCGAUACGGGCAGGGGCUUCAGCCAGGAAGAAGCCGACCUCAUCUUCAAGCCGUUCAGCCAGAUCGACGGCAGUAGCACCCGGCAGCAUGGUGGGAGCGGCUUGGGGUUGGUCAUCUCCCGACAGCUCGUCGAGCUGCACGGAGGGAGGAUGGAGGGCUCCGCCAUCCCUAACAAGGGAUCCACCUUCACCUUCACUGCGAGGUUCGGGCUGCCUACCGAGGACGAUCAUCCUGACGCUGGGUCGGUUCCUCACCCGACACCGGGGCUAAUGCAGAACACGCCUGUUGUUCCCGCCCCGGCCCCGUCGGCGAGUGCACUCCGCGAGCCGCCUUCUAGCAGCCCAUCAACCACCACGACCGAUUUGGGUUUUACUUCCCCAGCAGCGGCCUCCAGCGGGAGUUCCGAGCUGUCGGCAUCAUCCGGCCGCACCCGGGCAACGGACCGCUCCUCUAUGUCAUCGGUGAACGCGGGCCUAGUGCGCUUUAGCCAGGCAGCCCGGGCCAGUGGACAGGAUCUCUCCCAGAUGAAAUUGGAAAUGCCGAACCGCAGGGGUAGUCCAGGGACCACCACGCCCACUGCUAGCACUGAGAACUCGCUCAAGGAGCAAUCGACGCCGCCCAUGUUUUCCAUCCUCAUCAUCUGCCCGCAGACACACAGCCGCGAAGCGACGACCAAACACAUCGAGAUGACACUGCCCAAGGGGAUUCCGUACAAGAUCACGGCCGUCGCUUCGGUCGAGGAGGCCCACACAUUCAUCAGUGACGAAGACGCAGUUCGCUUCACACACAUUGUCGUCAACCUCCCCACACCGGAAGAAAUCAUCUCUCUCAUGGAGAAGGCCUCGCACUUGGAGCCCAGCGCGCUGGGCAACACGACCAUCCUGAUCCUCUCGGACUCGGUCCAGCGCCAGGCCGUCUCCAAGCUCGUUGCGGGCACCAAGCACGAGGACAUCCUAUCCGAGAACCGGGUGACGUACAUCUACAAGCCGGUCAAGCCCUCCCGAUUCGCCGUCAUCUUCGACCCGGCCAAGGAGCGCGACCUCAGCAUCGACCACAACCGGUCCACGGCCCAGCGGCUGGUGGAGGACCAGCGCCAAAACUACGUCGACAUGGAGCGCCGCAUGGGCGGCAAGGGCUACAAGGUGCUGCUGGUAGAGGACAAUCCCGUCAACCAGAAGGUGCUGCAGAAGUACCUCAGACGGGUUGGUGUCGCUGUUGAGCUGGCCGCCGACGGCGUUGAGUGCACCGAGAUGGUCUUUGAGAAGGGCUGGGGGUACUACGCCCUUAUCUUGUGCGACCUCCACAUGCCGCGAAAAGAUGGCUACCAGGCCUGCCGCGAGGUGCGUGCCUGGGAGGCGCAACGCCGCCGCCUCGGUGCCGAGGGCCCGCCCUUGCCCAUCAUCGCCCUCUCGGCCAACGUCAUGUCGGAUGUCCAGGACAAGUGCGUCGAGGCCGGGUUCAACGACUACGUUACCAAGCCGGUGGACUUUAUUGAUCUGAGUACGGCGUUGGCGAAGUUCUUUUGA